AAAUACACCUCUCUCUCUCCCUCUCUCAAAAUGGAUUUGCUUUCACUUGAGCAAGCAAGUGCAACUCUUCUAGCGUUAGUUUUACUUUACUUUUUGUGGGGAUUGAUAACAAACAAUACUCAUGCAAGGAGGGUUGUGGAAGCCCCCCAACCAAAAGGUGCCUGGCCAAUUAUAGGACACCUCCCUCUCCUAAGUGGUCAGAGUCCAGUUUUUCGGACUCUUGCCACCUUAGCCGAUCAAUAUGGCCCGGUAUUUGCAAUUCGACUAGGUUUACACCGGGCCAUCGUCGUGAGCAACAAGGAAGCAAUCAAAGAUUGCUUCACCACUAACGAUGCAGUUUUCAUGACUCGUCCCGAGUCAGCCACCAUGAAGUACAUGGGGUACAAUGGAGCUUUCUUCGGAUUAGGCCCCUCAGGGCCAUACUGGCACAAGAUGCGUAAACUCACCACGCUCGAGCUUCUCUCAAACCGCCGCCUAGACUCGCUCCAGCGUGUCAGAGCCUUCGAGGUGGGUUCAUGCAUCAAAGAGUUGUACUUUGGUGCAUGUGGGGGUGUUGCUCAAACAAAAAUGAAUAUGAGCCAAUGGUUCAGGCGAGUAACUAUCAACAUUACACUUCAAAUGAUCGCUGGUAAGCGAUUUAGUACAACUGAUGACAAACAUAAUGAUAAUGGCAAUGACAAUGACAAUGACAAUGACAAUGACAAUGACGACUCAGAGUCGCGGCAGUUUGGCAAAGCGGUUAAAGAAUUUGUGUACUUGGCAUCGGUUUUUGAAUUGUCGGAUGUAAUUCCGAGGAUGGAGUGGUUGGAUUUGCAGGGGAGGGUGAGGGCGAUGAAGCGGACAGCGAAGGAGAUGGAUUAUUUCAUGAGCAAGUGGUUGGAAGAACAUAUUCAGAAGAGGCAAAAUGGGGAUGUGAAAGAGGAAGAAUCAGACUUCAUGGAUGUGAUGCUAUCAUUGUUGGGAGAAGAUGAGUUGGUUGAAGGACAUAAGAGUGGGACUGUUAUUAAAGCCACAACCCAGUUGUUCAUCCUAGCAAGCUUUGAAACUCCCAGUAUCACGAUGACAUGGGCACUCUCCUUACUACUAAACCACAACCAAGCCCUAAAGCUUGUCCAAGAAGAACUUGACACUCAUGUUGGAAGACAAAGAUGGGUAGAAGAAUCAGACAUCAAUAACUUGCCAUAUUUACGAGCCAUUGUUAGGGAAACCUUACGACUCUACCCUCCCGGUCCCUUAUCAGUACCACGUGAGGCCUUGUCAGAUUGUCAUGUGGCUGGCUACCAUGUCCCUAAAGGCACAUGUCUUAUAGUGAACUUAUGGAAGCUGCAUAGAGACCCAAAGAUUUGGGCUAACCCUAAUGAGUUCCAACCGAGGAGGUUUCUCUCCGAGAAUGUGAAAAUGGAUGUAAAAGGACAGUGUUUCGAGUACUUGCCUUAUAGCGCAGGCAGAAGAAUGUGUCCAGGAGUUACUUUAAGUUUGCAGAUGAUGCAUUUGGUUCUUGGCCGCAUGCUUCAGGGUUUUGAUUUGGCUACGCCAAUGCACGCAAGAGUGGACAUGGCUGAAGGGUUAGGGUUGGCCUUACCUAAGGCAACCCCAUUGGAAGUCAUGCUCAUUCCACGCCUACCUCGCAAGCUCUACCAAGAGUGAACAAAGAACAAGAAAAUUAAACAUUAUGGCCUCCUCCACAAUUACGAAUAAAAAUUAAGUGUAACAAUGAUAUGACACUUUCAUCGAUAUGUGAUAUUGAACAAACUCAUUAUAAUAAUUUUGUGUUUUGCAUGCCUUUGGUAAUUUUGCACAUAUAUGCUUUUUUUGUACAAAAUUGGUAUCUUUAAGAAGAUAUGCCCAAAUGGCUUAUUUUCACAUAUGUUGUAGGCUUCAUAUGUGUGCAAUCAUAUGGAAAUUUCUAGGAAUGUCU